CGUGCCGUUCAUUUGUUGACAACUUAGCAUAUCCUAAAAGCAUAUCACCGGAAUUUCAACUUUUUAUAUUGCACGUUAUGACACUGUUUAAUACGCCUGGGCAAACGUAAAUUGGUACUUUUAAUAUUUGAAGGACCAAAGGCAAAAGGUCAACACGUAAGCUUUCUUCGCAAACAGCAGCGAUCGCCUACAGCAAACAUUGCAUCACUCAGCGCCGCCAUCCAGCCAUUCUGCACCGAGGGGAUGAUGUGACUCCGCCAGAACGAGGCUUACAUCGAGAACUACCUUGCUUCAACCGACGAGGCUCGCCAGUUUUAGCAAUUUGUCCAGUCGCGAGGCAUUACGGACCAUCGACGGAGCGGGUUCUGAUUCGAAAUGACCAACGAGGAGCCACUUCCUAAAAAGGUUCGCCUGACCGAAUCUGACAUGAAGACGUUGACCAGAGAGGAGCUCUGCACAAGGUGGAAACAGCAUGAAGCAUAUGUGCAAGUCCUGGAGUCCAAAUAUGCGGACCUAUGCUCCAAUGACGUGCCUGGCCUGAAGGAAUCUGAGGAGAAGCUCAAGCAGCAACAGCAGGAGUCUGCACGCAGAGAGAACAUCUUGGUCAUGCGACUUGCCACCAAGGAGCAAGAGAUGCAAGAAUGCACUACCCAGAUCCAGUAUCUCAAACAAGUCCAGCAACCAAGUGCGGCCCAGCUGCGGUCAUCCAUGGUGGACCCAGCCAUCAACUUGUUUUUCCUCAAAAUGAAGGCUGAACUGGAUCAGACUAAGGACAAACUGGAGCAGGCCCAAAAUGAACUGAGUGCCUGGAAAUUUACACCUGAUAGCCAGACGGGGAAGAAACUGAUGGCCAAGUGUCGGAUGCUGAUCCAGGAGAACCAGGAACUGGGUCGGCAGCUGUCCCAGGGCCGCAUCGCCCAGCUGGAAGCCGAGUUGGCGCUGCAGAAGAAGUACAGCGAGGAGCUCAAGAGCAGUCAAGAUGAGUUGAAUGACUUCAUCAUCCAGCUGGAUGAGGAGGUGGAGGGAAUGCAGAGCACCAUCCUCGUCCUGCAGCAGCAGCUGAAGGAGAGUCGCCAGCUGCUGUCUCAGACUCAGGGGUCCUCAGCAGGGGCAGGGCCCAGCAGGACUUCCCCCUCUGAUUCCAGUGUGUCCACAGAACCCUCCUCUCAGCCCGAGCAGACCAGCGCACCCUCCGACCCAGCAGGGAAAGAUUCAGGGAGGGUCUUGAACGGACCAAGCAACGGCAACUCAUCCCAGAGGAGCGAGACCACUACACCCAGCCUCUACCGGGAGGUGAGCAGCACGGAGGAAGACUUUCCCAUGUCCCCCAUGGCGUCCAGCCCCGGCGAAGCUGAGAGCAAACUGUCCAACCACUCGGAGGAGGCCGCGGGGAGUCAGACUGGAGCCGCACGACCUGCUGGAUUUGGAAGCCAGUUGAGUGCCGGGUACGAGAGCGUGGACUCUCCAACCGGCAGCGAGACGUCAUUGACUCAGCACUCAAACGACACAGACUCCACCACCGACACCCACGAGGACAAGGCAGCCCUGGUCACCAAGGGCACCAGGACUACAGGGUCACGGCAUGCUCAGAACGGCCUUGACGCUGCUUGCAACAGUGCUGCUUUGUAAUGUACUGACACAUUCUGUUUGUUUUUCUUUUCUUUUUUUAAAAAAACCACAAACAAGUUCGUCUGUCACUGCACUCUUCCCUUGACUCUGGUGAUGCAUCUGUGUUGCUUCAUGGGAAUGUAACAGGAGCCAGUUCGAUUUUAUCGGAUUAAAAAAAACAAACUAUCACUUGGCCGUGAGGCCGUGGCUUGCUUUCAAUAUCAGACAUCUGGUGUUGUAACCAUUGUCAAAGUCCGAUAAAGGUCUCGAAUGGCGGUAGAUUCAAACAUGUUCACAUGGUCAUUUUUAGACGUUGGCCUGUGUUUUCAUUUCUUUUUUUUAAAUCAGUUUUAAUUUUUCAUUGAUGAGAAAUUUCAGUUGAAAAGAGUGUUGAAUUGUUAGUAGUUUCUAUGCGGUGAUCAUGUUACUCUGACUUCAGUCCUUUUCAUGUACUGACCAAAUAUCAAUAAAGACUUUUAAUACGA